AUGAACUGCAGCAAGAACCCUGACUUUGUCAUCUCAGGGCUGUCCAGUGACACAGAGAAAUGGCAGUUCCUCUUUGGUCUCUUCUUGGUCCUCUACUUUCUGAGCCUCCUAGGGAACUUGCUACUUCUUCUGGCCAUUGGUGCUGAUAUCCGCCUCCACACUCCCAUGUACUUCUUCCUCAGCCAGCUCUCCCUGGUAGAUCUCUGCUUCACUACCACCACAGCCCCCAAAAUGCUGGAGGAUUUGUGGACCAGCAAUGGAUCCGUCUCUUUCUCCAGAUGUCUGACCCAAUUAUAUUUCUUUGCUGUUUUUGCUGAUAUGGACAACCUGCUUUUGACUGCCAUGGCUAUCGACCGCUACACUGCCAUCUGUCAUCCUCUGCACUAUCCACUGCUAAUGACUCCUUGCAGAUGUGGGCUACUGGUGGGUGGGUCAUGGGGAGUGGCCCACUGUGUCUCUCUUGUCCAUGCCCUGUUGCUAUCUCAACUGUCUUUCUAUACUAACGAAGAGAUUUCCCACUUUUUCUGUGAUUUUGGCCCACUUUUUCAAUUUUCUUGUUCUGAUGCUCACCUCAAUGAGGAACUGAAGUUGGCUUUGACAGGGUUUUUAGGAAUCAGUCCUCUCCUCUGCAUCAUAAGUUCUUAUGUCCAUAUUUUCCAUGCUGUAGCUAGGGUUCCAUCAAAACAGGGGAAAAAGAAAGCCCUGACCACAUGCAGCUCCCACCUCUCCACGGUCAUGCUCUUCUACAGCACAGUCUUUGCCACCUACCUGAAGCCCCUAUCAACUUCUCACUCCUCUGGGGAACUGGUUGCUGCUGUCAUGUAUACCCUGGUAACUCCUACUCUCAACCCGUUUAUUUAUAGUCUGAGAAAUAAGGAUGUGAAGACUUCACUGAAAAGAGUUCUGGGCAUAGAGAGUUUGUGGAAUUAG